CUUCGUUGAUGUUUGUGUUGAUUGUGAUGGUGAGGGUUUGUAAACCUUCUCUAGAUUCCUUGGUUAAUGCUUUAUCCUGUGGCUGUCAAUGUAAACUCUACGAUGUUGGAACUUGUGAAACAAGGUUUACUACAGAGUGUGAGACAAAAUACGAAAACCGUUGUGAGACUGUUUACCAUGAUGACUGCAAGUCCUAUCCUAAGGAAAAAUGUAGAACAAUACUAAAAGAUCAAUGCAAAUGGGAAAAGCACUGUUCAACAUCGAACAAGAAACAGUGUGACAAGAUCCCACAAAGGCACUGUAAGAAGGUUUGGGAUCAUGAAUGCCAUCAUCUCCCUGUCAAAGAAUGCAGUAUGAAAUACGAAAAGAAAUGCACUAAUGUACCGGACAAUAAGUGUUCAAUAGUUUAUAAGAAAAAGUGCACAAAGAUCCCACACCAGGAAUGCAGAAAAGAAAAGGUUUGCAGCACUGUUUACGAAGAGAAGUGUAAGCCGGCCUAUAACUACGGACAAACCUGUCAAUCAGUUCCAAAACAGUCCUGUCACAACGUAAAUACUUGUAAAACAACUCAAACCCAAUCCUGCAAGGAUAUUCCUGAGCAGGAAUGUAAAAAAACCUAUUCCCAGAAAUGUGAAAAUAUUCCCAAAGAGGUUUGUAAGACGGCCUAUACCAAGAAAUGUAAAAAGUAUCCACAGGAUCUUUGUAGUACAACUUUCAUAGAAAGCUGUAAGAACAUUCCCAAGCAAACUUGUUCUAACGUUAAGAAAUGUGUCAAGAUUCCAGAAAAACAAUGUCGGAAAACAUAUGAAAAGAAGUGUACCAAAGUUCCCAGUCAAUCAUGCAAAAAAGUCCCACUGAAAAAUUGCUGGAAGGUUGCUAUAAAGAAGAAUAGGUACGUGAAGAAAAAACAAUGUCAGAGCUGCCAAAGAAAAAAGGAAAUCUAUUAUGAAAAUAAGGUCCAAAAAACGUGCAAAAGUGUCCCAAGACAAGAGUGCAGAACGCAUUAUGUCAACGAGUGCAAGAAUUUUCCAUACAAACAAUGCAAUAUAGCGUACAAGGAUAAAUGCUGGAAUGAACGGAAAUGUAAAACUGAAUACAAAACAAAAUGUGUUGAAGUUCCGAGUUAUGGAGCUCCGAAGAAAAAUUGUGAAAAAAUCCCUCACCAAAAAUGCCAAGACGUAAAAAAGUGUUCGAAAGAACCCUUCGAGGACUGUUCAACAAAAUACAAAAACAAAUGUAAGAAGGUUCCGAAAGAAACAUGUUCUGAGGUCAACGAUAAAAAGUGUGAAAAUCACACUUUACGUGUACCUAAAACAAAAAUAAAUAAAAGUUGUCACUGGCCAGCUCACCGAGAUGAAGAUAAGUUUUGUGUACGAAGAUCGGAUCUAGAUAUUUUACUUGACGAAUCCACUGAGUAUCAAAAAAAUUUGGAUUACCUAGGGAGAGAGCUGGGAGAAAACAUUGAUUUUCGGAACGUUUUCCCAGCAGAUUAUGAGGCUAACCCAGAGUAAACAUUUUGUUUUAUUUGACUUUAAAUAUCGACAAUAAUUUAUCAACUGAUAUUUACAUAGACAAUACAUAUCACGCAGAUCUAACAGUAAGGUCCUUGACCAUGAAAUCUAUGACUUUUGAUCCCAAUUUGAUUGAUUAAACAUAAAUGUUUCGCUUUUUAUUUUACAUACUUUUUAUCCGGCUAAUGUAUUUUUAAUAAUACAUAAAACAACUCUGAAAAUGUUAAGAUUGUUGAGUAAUUAAAAUUUUUGUAACCACAUGCAUAUAGCCCAGGUUAGCCAAGGUUGGUAACAGUAUUAUCUUAUUGAAUGUCCCAUUUAUAAACCUUUAUGAUAAUAAAGAAAAACAUAAUCUACAUAUGUAGCUGGUCCAUGGGUGGGCCAUUCUUUCAUUCUAUAAAGUUUAUAAAUACCUCAACCCACCUUCGACCUUAACCUAUUUAACCAAAGCUACCAAAAUAAAGUAUUCUACAAUAAAACGUGUAUCGUCUUUGUCUCUUUACUCUUUGUAUUUUGAAUUUGGAAAAAAAUGUGAUUGUGAAAUUAUUAAUAUGAUCUAAAAAUAUACGUACUCAAACAUC